GUAGAAUUUGCGCAUGUCAGGUGAAGAGUAUAUUGGAAGGUGGAGACAUGCAUAAAUUAAAGUCAGCACAGAAAGAAAAAGUGAGGCAGUUCGUCGCUUUCACCCAGACUGGCGAAAAGACUGCAAUUUAUUGUCUUUCACAACAUGAUUGGAAGUUGGAUGUCGCUUCAGAUAAUUAUUUUCAAAAUCCAGAACUUUAUUUCCGAGAACCUAAACUUCCAGUAGACAAAAAACGACUAGAACAUUUAUACAGUAGAUACAAAGAUCCCCAAGAACCAGAUAAAAUCACAGUGGAUGGAAUUAUGAGGUUUUUAGAUGAUUUAAAUCUUAGUCCCGAAAGUAGGCUGGUUUUAAUCAUGGCAUGGAAGUUCAAAGCAGCUACACAGUGUGAGUUUACGAGGGAAGAAUUUGUAAAUGGUAUGACAGAUUUAGGGUGCGACUCAAUUGAGAAACUCAAGAGUAGACUUCUAACAAUAGAAGCAGAGUUAAAAGAUCAAAUCAAAUUCAAAGACUUUUAUAACUUCACUUUCAACUAUGCUAAAAAUCCAGGACAAAAAAGUCUUGAUUUAGACAUGGCUGUAGCCUACUGGAAUAUUGUAUUAGCUGGGAAGUUCAAGUUCCUUGACCUCUGGUGUCAGUUUUUACAGGAACAUCACAGAAGAGCCAUUCCCAAAGAUACAUGGAACCUGCUACUUGACUUCAGCACUAUGAUUAAUGAUGAAAUGAGCAAUUACGAUGAAGAAGGGGCUUGGCCUGUACUUCUAGAUGAUUUUGUGGAGUGGGCUCAACCUCAAGUAGAAGCUAGAAAAUGUACACAAGUAUGAGCAAAGAGAAGUGGAUAAAUAUUACGGAAGAUUCAGGACAAAUAAGGCCAAGAUGUUCAAAGCGUGUAAACUUGAAGCAAGCUCUGUAUUUUUAGGUGUAUGAUGCUACAUCAAGAGAUGAGUGUGUUAAUGAUGAAAUGCUUAUUGAGUAUGCUAAUGAACUUGGACAACAGCUGGUGUAACAGUUUAAGUACUCCAGGGGAUGACUGUGAUGUUUCAAGACACUUUAGUAUAAAUAAAGCAAAGUUUGAAGGUGAAGCGGCAAGUGCUGAUUAAAACACAAUCACUAAAAAUUGUAAUGAUGAUAUAUCAGCUUACCACGGUCUAAUUAUUGACACAGCAGAGCCAACUGGUCAAGAGUUGUCAACUGAAGACAUCAUUUCAACUGUCUCUUGUGACAGUGAAUCCGACAUUGAAAGUGAUACACCAAUCAAGCCUUUCAGUCUGAACAAAGCACAUUCUAACUUGAAAGACAUAUUCACAUGGUUUGAACAAAACAGGAAUUUACGUGAAGAUGAUGAUGUAAUGUGUCAUUUGCUUAAAACUGAUGAGAAGCUCUGAAAGAAAAAAAUUAAUUGCAGAAUCAGACUGUGAUUACAUCCUUAUUGGUAAAGUAAUUUGUUGUAUAUUUGAUCAGUACUGUGUAUUUUGCAUUCUGUAAAUCCUUGGUUUGAAAAAUGUGUUGUUCUAUUACAAUUGGAGUGUUAGUUUAAGUAACCAAUGACAAAGUAGAGAAACAUCAAUGGUUAAAUUACUGGCCUUAUUAAUCCUGAUUUCUUCUAUUAGUUAUCCUUGAACUUACAAUGAACUCGGUGUAAUAAAACUAUCUUAAAACAUUUUUAAAUUAAAGAAUCAGACCCAAAGUUGGUAUAGCUAAAAGUAAAGAUCUUUAAAAUUUGAAGAUUUCUUUCACUCUCAGUCUGAAGGUAAUGCAGAGCCUCAUAAUCCAGAGGGGGUUCACUGUUCAAUAUAGCAAAGAUAUCCAAAAUUAAAAGAUGUUUUCAUUUUCAGCAGGAAAAUUUUUUGUCAUAUAACCAGUCUAAAGUUUUUUUUAAAAAUAUUAACCCUUAAAUUACUGACUUGUUUACAUACCACAGGUGGAGUAAUUUUAUGUUUUUGUUUAACACAUUGAAUAUGGUCUUUGCUGCCCAACGAAAGGUGCCUGUUCAAAAAGUUGCACAAAAUAAACUAAGAGUUUAUUUAGAUUUAUUAACUUAUGCUUUAUUAUCUUGUAUCCAAGUUAAUUAUAAUAUUGAAACAAUUUUGGUUGCUCUUUUUUGUGUGUGAGAGACUUAUAUUAUUGAAGAUUCUGCAACCAACAAAUUCAUGGCAGUUUGGUGUUUAAUUAGUUUAAAAAUCCAGAUGGGUCCAUGGGUUAAAACAAUAUGUUAGGGCAUAAAUCGACAUAGUUGCUGUUGGGUUGUACGUUUUCUUGUGUGGCAUAUCUGAUUAAUGCUAUUGAUGCAUAAAGUCUGGAAUAUUUUUAUAAUAAAUGUUCUUCUCAUGAGAUGUAGGGCUGUUCUCAAUUCUAAUUUGGUUUCAGGUAGUUGAUCUCUAAAUAAAUC